UUUUUUUCUUUUCUUCUUAGUGUUUUCCCUAUUUAGACUCAAGAUGACAACUAGCCUUCGACUUUUAAAACGUACUUUACGCAAAGAUAUGACAACCCGAUUAAAACAAGUCUCUAGUGAAUCUAUUGCAACUCAAUCUGAUCUUGUCUUUCAACAAUUACUGCAACUGGACAUCUUCCAAAAAAGCCAAAACAUUAGUGUAUAUAUCAGUACACCCACUUGUGAAAUCAACACGCGUGCCAUGAUUCAACAUAUUAUUCAAGCAGAUAAAACAUGUUAUAUUCCAAGAUGUACCAAGGACUCUAUGGAUAUGGUCAAGAUUACUUCAUGGGAAGAUUAUCUUUCUUUACCUAUCAACAAAUGGGAUAUUCCGGAACCACCACUUGACGAACCAAGAGAAAAUGCUCUGGAGAAGGAUGGAUUAGAUCUUAUACUUGUACCAGGUGUAGCGUUUGAUCAGGAAAAGAAUAGGAUUGGUCAUGGUAAAGGAUAUUAUGAUCGAUACUUGUUGAAAUAUCAAGAUUGGGCCAAUACCAAUCAUCGACCCAUGGUGAAAACAGUGGCACUAGCGUUGCAAGAACAAAUGGUGGAUGUUGGUGUUAUCCCUUUGCAAGAAACUGAUCAGAAAGUAGAUUAUAUUUUAACCCCACAUCAGAAAAUUCAAUAAUAUUCCGAUCAUUCAAAAUACAGAGAUUGGUAUAUCUAUUCCAGUGUAUUCAUGUAUUGUUUUAUUGUUUUGUUUGUGAAAUAAAGAAAUAGUAGAUUGUAAGAUAAAAAAAACAAAAAAAAAAA